GUGCACACUAAAUCUGUCACUCUUCUUCUUCUUCUUCUACUUUUCUCUCUCCUCUCUCUCUCCCGCUUAUUUUCCCAGAAAAAGUGCGAGAAAAUUUCGUUGAGCUCUCUCUAGAAGAAGAAGAAGAAGAAGAAGAAGAAAGCUUCAAUGACGUCGUCUUCUCAGAAACUGAUCAGUGUUUGUUUCGCAGUUCUCGUCAUCUUAGCUCUCACGGCGAUGAUUUUCCGGAACAGUGAAAUCUCUCUCUCCAGGAAGCUGAAAACAGAGGUGAUUCAGAGCUCAAAUAGCUCAACAAUGGCGGCGACAAGGAAGCUGAAAACAGAGGAGUUUCAGAGCUUAAACUGCUCAACAAUGGCGGCGACAAGGCUUGAUGGUGAACCACAACAACAACACGCCGUUGCUGCUGAUCCAGAUAUGGUUGCUGAUGAAGUCGCUAAGCUUGUUCAAAUGAGUGAACAGAACAGGACAGCAAGAAGGAAGCUAGGAUUCUUCUCAUGUGGAACUGGUAAUCCAAUUGAUGACUGUUGGCGUUGUGACCGUAACUGGCACAAGAACCGUAAACGCCUUGCGGAUUGUGGGAUUGGUUUUGGAAGAAACGCAAUUGGUGGUCGUGAUGGACGCUUCUACGUUGUUACUGACCCGACUGAUGAAGAUGUUGUUAAUCCCAAACCUGGAACUCUACGCCAUGCUGUCAUCCAGGAGGAGCCUCUGUGGAUUGUGUUCAAGAGGGAUAUGGUAAUAGAGCUGAAACAGGAGCUGAUCAUGAACAGUUUCAAGACCAUUGAUGGCCGUGGCUCCAACGUCCAUAUAGCCAAUGGUGCUUGCAUCACCAUCCAGUUUAUCACCAAUGUCAUUAUUCAUGGACUCCACAUUCAUGAUUGCAAGCCUACUGGAAAUGCAAUGGUUAGAAGCUCGCCAUCUCACUUUGGUUGGAGGACAAUGGCUGAUGGUGAUGCAGUCUCCAUUUUUGGAUCAUCUCAUAUCUGGAUUGAUCAUAACUCUCUCUCUCACUGUGCUGAUGGCCUUGUUGAUGCUGUCAUGGGUUCUACUGCUAUUACUGUUUCCAAUAACCACUUUACCCACCACAAUGAGGUGAUGUUGCUUGGGCACAGUGACUCGUACACAAAAGAUAAGCUAAUGCAAGUGACCAUUGCUUACAACCAUUUUGGAGAAGGACUAGUUCAGAGAAUGCCAAGGUGUAGACAUGGGUAUUUCCAUGUGGUUAACAACGACUACACACACUGGGAGAUGUACGCCAUUGGUGGGAGUGCAGAGCCAACCAUCAACAGUCAAGGAAACAGAUAUGCUGCUCCCAUGGACCGCUUCGCCAAAGAGGUGACGAAAAGAGUGGAGACAGAUGCAAGUGAGUGGAAAAAGUGGAAUUGGAGGUCAGAAGGAGACCUUCUACUGAAUGGAGCAUUCUUCAGGCCAUCAGGAGCAGGAGCGUCUGCUAGCUAUGGACGAGCCUCAAGCUUAGCAGCUAAACCAUCAUCUAUGGUUGACACUAUUACCUCUACUGCAGGAGCACUAGGUCCUUUGGUUUUAAUGGAUCCUCCCUGAGUUCUAGAGUCUGUUUGGGUGUUUGUUUUUGUUAAUUCCCUUUCAAGUUAGUGAUUGUAGUUGCAAAAAAUUGUUACAAACGAUUGAAAAGCUUUUGGUUUGAUUGCAACUUCCGUUGGCUUUUAUGUUUUGUUUGGUUGUUACUUGUUAACCAUUUGUUUCAAUGGAUGACGAAAUUGUUUAAAUCUUUUUAUGCAACCUAAAGCAAACCACUUGAGAGGUGAGAGGUGAGAGGUGAGUAAAUGAAAAGGAGUUACAUUA